UAGCGGCCAUCUUUUCCUAGGUUGCGUUUAUUCAGGUCCACUAUACACUCAAACUUCCCGGGAAUACGUCUGGGGCCAACAGUCACCUGCCCUUCGUUUGGUGAGAAAGAGGUGGAGCUGCUAAAAACUGAGCCCUGACUUCUCAAAAAGCACUGCACGGUGGAGGAGGCAACAGAGCUCAAUACUCUGUCUUCUUAGAACACGGUGUUUCCCUGGUAGGAAAAGGAAAGAAUGAGCAUGUACAAGGAGGCAGUGACAUUCAAGGAUGUGGCUGUGGCCUUCACAGAGGAGGAACUGGGGCUGCUGGACACUGCUCAGAGGAAGUUGUACCAAGAUGUGAUGGUAGAGAACCUCAGGAACCUGGUCUCAGUGGGACAUCUACUCUUCAGACAAGAUACAUCACAUGUAGAAAGAGAAGAGAAGCUUUGGAGGAUAGAGACAUCACCCCAGAUGAAAAAAAAUUUAGGUGAGAGCAGUCAAAGUAAGUUGAAGACUGUUGAAGACAGAGGAGCACAUGAAGAGCUUUCCUGCUGGCAGAUCUGGCAACAAAUUGUAAAUGACUUAACCAGGUGUCAAGACUUCAUGAUAAAUUGUUCACAGUUCCACAAACAAGGCGAUUCCACCUGCGAGGUUGGGGCAGGACUAUCUAUCCAGAUUUCUGAAGAUGAAAACUAUAUACUAAAUCAUAAAAUGGAUGGUCCCAGUGACACUGGAAAUCCAGAGUUUCCAACUUUGAGAGCACAAGGUUCUUGGAGGAAAACCUCUUUGAAUGAAUCCCAGAAUUAUCGGAACAGCUAUCAGGAAAUUUCCAUAAAAAAUAAAUUCUUUCAGUAUAAACAGGAUGUUGACACCAUCAGUUGGGUAUCACAUCGUCUUGAUAAUUAUGGAGUACACAGAAGUGAACAACCUUACAGUUACAACGAUUAUGGAAGAGACAACAUGAAAAUCUCAACAUUGGAUCAGAAUAGUGUGAUUCAUACAGGACAAAAACCUUACCAGUGUAAUGAGUGUAAAAAAACUUUCUAUGAUCUCUCCACCUUCAAUAUUCAUCAGCAAGUACACUCAAAAGAGAAGUCGCAUAUAUGUACUGCAUGUGGAAAAGGCUUCUGUCAUAGAUCAGUUCUUCCUAUUCAUCAGAGAGUUCACAUGGGAGAAAACAGCUAUAAGUGUGAUGAUUGUGUUAAGGAAUUAAAUAAGAGCUCAUGUGUGCAAAAUCAUGAGAAAAUCCACGCUGUAGAGAAACCAUUCAAAUGUGUGGAAUGUGGGAAAGGCUUCAGUCGUAGAUCUACGCUUACUGUUCAUUGUAAAUUACACUUGGGAGAAAAACCAUAUAAUUGUGAGGAGUGUGGAAGGGCCUUCACUCAGGCCUCUCAUUUUCAAGACCAUCAGAGAGUCCACACUGGGGAGAAACCAUUCAAAUGUGAUGCAUGUGGGAAGAGCUUCAGCAGGAAUUCACAUCUUCAGUCCCAUCGGAGAGUCCACACAGGAGAGAAACCUUACAAAUGUGAGGAGUGUGGGAAGGGCUUCAUUUGUAGCUCAAAUCUAUACAUUCAUCAGAGGGUCCACACAGGAGAAAAACCCUACAAAUGUGAGGAAUGUGGUAAAGGCUUUAGUCGGCCCUCAAGUCUCCAGGCCCAUCAGGGAGUCCACACUGGAGAGAAAUCUUACCUGUGUAAAGUAUGUGGUAAAGGCUUUACUUUGAGUUCAAAUCUCCAAGCACAUCAGAGAGUCCACACUGGAGAGAAACCAUACAAAUGCGAUGAGUGUGGGAAGAGCUUCAGGAGGAACUCCCAUUACCAAGUUCAUCUUGUGGUCCACACAGGAGAAAAACCCUAUAAAUGUGAGGUAUGUGGGAAGGGCUUCAGUCAGAGUUCAUAUCUUCAAAUUCAUCAAAAGGCUCACAGCAUAGAAAAACCAUACAAGUGUGAAGAGUGCGGACAGGGCUUCAAUCAGAGUUCACGGCUUCAGAUUCAUCAGCUGAUCCAUACUGGGGAGAAACCAUACAAAUGUGAAGAGUGUGGGAAGGGGUUCAGUCGUAGAGCAGACCUUAAGAUUCAUUGUAGAAUCCACACAGGAGAAAAACCCUAUAAUUGUGAGGAGUGUGGGAAGGUCUUCAGGCAAGCCUCAAAUCUUUUGGCCCAUCAGAGAGUCCACAGUGGAGAAAAGCCAUUCAAAUGUGACAAGUGUGGGAAGAACUUUGGUCGCAGUUCACACCUUCAAGCCCAUCAAAAAGUCCACACUGGGGAGAAGCCAUACAGAUGUGAGGAGUGUGGGAAGGGCUUCAAGUGGAGCUUGAAUCUUGAUAUGCAUCAGAGGGUCCACACUGGAGAGAAGCCAUAUAAGUGUGGGGAGUGUGGUAAGCACUUCAGUCAGGCCUCAAGUCUUCAGCUUCAUCAGAGUGUCCACACUGGAGAGAAACCAUACAAAUGUGAUGCAUGUGGCAAAGUCUUCAGUCGCUCUUCACAGCUACAAUCUCAUCAGAGAGUUCACACAGGGGAGAAACCUUACAAGUGUGAGAUAUGUGGUAAGAACUUCAGUUGGCGAUCAAAUCUUACAAUUCAUCAUAGAAUCCAUGCUGGAGAGAAGGUCCACCAGUGCGACAGCUGUGGCAAGGGAUUCAGUAGCAGCACAGGUCUUGCCAUUCAUUACAGAACUCACACUGGAGAGAAACCUUAUAAAUGUGAGGAAUGUGGUAAAUGUUUUAGUCAGAGUUCAAACUUUCAAUGCCAUCAGAGAGUGCACAGUGAAGAAAAGCCGUACAAAUGUGAAGAGUGUGGUAAGGGCUUCGGUUGGAGUGUUAAUCUUCGUGUUCAUCAGAGGGUCCACAGGGGUGAGAAACCCUAUAAAUGUGAGGAGUGUGGGAAGGGCUUUACUCAGGCUGCCCAUUAUCACAUCCAUCAGAGGGUCCACACUGGAGAGAAACCUUAUAAAUGUGAUGUCUGUGGUAAGGGCUUCAGUCACAACUCACCAUUAAUAUGCCAUCGGAGGGUUCACACCGGAGAGAAACCAUACAAAUGUGAGAUGUGUGGGAAAGGCUUCACUCGUAAUACAGAUCUUCACAUCCAUUUCCGAGUUCACACAGGAGAGAAACCCUACAAAUGUAAGGAGUGUGGGAAGGGCUUCAGUCAGGCUUCAAACCUUCAAGUUCAUCAGAAUGUCCACACUGGGGAGAAACGGUUCACAUGUGCAGUAUGUGGGAAGGGCUUCAGUCAGUCUUCAAAGCUUCAGACCCACCAGAGGGUCCACACUGGAGAGAAACCCUACAAAUGUGAUGUGUGUGGUAAGGACUUCAGUUACAGUUCCAAUCUUAAACUGCACCAAGUUAUUCACACUGGAGAAAAACCAUACAAAUGUGAGGUGUGUGGCAAGGGCUUCAGUUGGAGAUCGAAUCUUCAUGCUCAUCAGAGACUCCACUCAGGAGAGAAGCCCUAUAAAUGUGAGGAGUGUGAUAAGAGCUUCAGUCAGGCCAUGGACUUCCGGGUUCAUCAGCGAGUCCACACUGGAGAGAAACCAUACAGAUGUGGUGUGUGUGGGAAGGGCUUUAGUCAGUCCUCUGGUCUUCAGUCCCAUCAGAGAGUCCACACUGGGGAGAAGCCAUACAAAUGUGAUGUCUGUGGAAAGGGCUUUAGGUACAGUUCACAGUUUAUAUACCAUCAGAGAGGCCACACUGGAGAAAAACCUUACAAAUGUGAGGAAUGUGGGAAAGGUUUUGGUAGGAGCUUGAAUCUUCGCCAUCAUCAGAGGGUUCAUACAGGAGAGAAACCCCAUAAGUGUGAGGAGUGUGGUAAGGCCUUUAGUCUUUCUUCAAAUCUUAGAGUCCAUCUGAGCAUUCACAUUAGAGAGAAACUGUUUAAAUGUGAGGAGUGUGGGAAGGGCUUCAGUCAGAGUUCACGUCUUCAGGCCCAUCAAAGAGUUCACACUGGAGAAAAACCGUACAGCUGUAAUGAAUGUGGUAAGGACUUCAGUCACCGUUCUCGCCUUACGUGCCAUGAGAAAGUCCACACUGGUAAGAACUUUAAGAAUGAAAAAUGUGUUCAGUCAAGUCAUACAGCUUCUAGUUCUUGGAGAGUCCAUGUCGGUGAUAAAUACUGUGAAGUACUGAGAGUGGAAAGGGGUUUCUUCAGGUAGAAUCUAACAUAUUUCAUGGGGAAAUGGUGGCUAGAACCAGAGUAACAGGAAUAGGAUUCAUGUUCAAGGGAGAAAUAUGAUGUAACCCUCUUGGUAAGAUCCAGUUGAUAUAAAUGAUCUUUCAUAGUGAAAACAUUCAAAAAGAAUGUGUAAAAAGAAUAUUUGCCAUAUAAUACCUAGUUUGGGGGCAGUGGCAUUAGGGAAGGUUUUGGAUUAUUUUCCCAUUAACUUCUAUUUUAUAUGUAUUUACAGUGACCAUUAUUUUUACUAAAGCUGAAAAGCUAUGAAAAAUGAAAUGAAUGAAAUAAAGUAGCUAAAAAUUUCCUGUACACAAGAACUCAUAAUAUGAUUGCCUUAUUUUACAUGGCAUAUUGGAUUAAAAUUAAGGAAUAUAACCCCAAAAGUGAAUCUUUGCUCUUCAGUAGUAAAUUU